CUUAGUCUGCACUCGAACUUUAUAAAUAAAGUCCUUCCAGUUGCAUUCUCCCAAGACAGCUACUUCUUUCCAAUAUCACAACAAUACCAAUUUAGAGAGAGAAAGGGAUAGAUAUAGAGAGAGGAGAGGCAAAGAUGACAAGCAGCAUGAACGAUCAAGUUGAAGAUCAAAUGGUACUCAUCUCUCAGUACUAUCCUGGGAUAUACACCCAACUGGUACCAGAACAAGGAGAGGGGAAAAGGAAACGACGACGGAAGAAGAACAAAGGAGAGGCUAGCAGUAGUACUGGUUUGAGGAAGAGGAAGCUUUCUGCCGAACAAGUCAAUCUUCUUGAGCAGAACUUUGGGAAUGAACAUAAACUGGAGUCUGAGAGAAAGGACCGGCUUGCUUCCGAGCUCGGCCUCGAUCCGCGCCAAGUCGCCGUUUGGUUUCAGAACAGAAGGGCUCGAUGGAAGAGCAAGAAGUUAGAGGAGGAGUAUUCUAAAUUGAAGAACCAACAUGAGACCACCGUUGUUGAGAAAUGCCGGCUUGAAACAGAGGUACUAAAGCUCAAGGAACAGCUCACUGAGGCAGAGAAGGAGAUACAAAGGCUACUGGAGCGAUCGGAUGGGGUUUCAAGCAACAGUCCGAGUUCAUCAUUCUCAAUGGAUGCAUUGGAGCCCCCUUUUCUUGGAGAAUUCGGGAUGGAAGGAUUGGAAAAUGUCUUGUAUUUGCCACAGAACAAUUACAUUCAUGGCAUGGAAUGGGUUAAUCUGUAUAUGUAAUGUAUGUAAUUAAGGGCAUUCUAGCUAGUGUGUAGAUAGUGACCACCUAAUUAUGUACAUCUCUUUCCUUAGCUUUCUGUUCAAUGUUGCAGUGGUACUGACUAGAAGAUGGAUUUUCAUUCACAUAA